GAAUGUGCAUCCAGAAACAAACCUGCAGUAGGGGAUCUCCUAUCAAGGCACUGCAAAGGGUUAACAGUGUGUUUAUCACAUUUCUCUCUCUUCCAGGUGCACACUGGAACCCUGCUGCCACUUAGUGAGCAGGUUAGCAGGAGUGUAUUGUGAAAGGUCUUCUGGAAGACAGUAAUCCUGGUUGUUCGGUAGCAGGAAUAUAAACAAGACUCCAGUGACCGGUCAUGUUCAAUGCAACUUGAAUCUGACCAGUUGGAACCAUUUCUAGCUGUAUGUACUUGACUGGGAUUCUGGGCUUUGGUGUGUGCUUUGGGGGUGUUGCUGCCCCUUCCUAUGUUUGUUCCACUUUACCAGCAGAGACUAAUCUAAGAAUGGAGGAUUUUGUACAUUAUUUUUUCAAGAUGUUGUAGCUCAGAUGCUUUCUUCACAGGGUGAUGUGAUGUCAUUUUAUUUAUUCUCCAGAAGGCAUGACUUUCUAUUGGAUCUGCCAAGCCUGCAAUCAAUCUUUUUGCUACUCUUAGCUCGUUUGAGUGUCUUGGCACUGUCAGUUGCAUGUGCAAGUGACUGACCAUUGUCUGCCCUUGGUUUUCUGUGUUUUCCAUAUCCUCAUGUGCACCCAAUAAGUUUUUCAUCCCUUAUUUAAUAUUUAUUUAAUUUAUUGUAUCCAUGUGCAAAGAAGCCAGGCUGUCUGUCCUGAAAAUAAAGUUUUGAAAACUCUUUGACUCUGUCCUUAGUAAUGUUAGUGUUUCCAGGUGCUGACUGUGCUUGGGGUAGGACUGCAGUUUUCUGCAAACUCCCACCCUUAGCAGCAGCUUUAGGAUUCAGGACCCCCUGCUAACUGUUUGUCAUCUCAGCAGGUGCGGGUGGCAUGUUGUGAUGCUGGAUUGUAAUGUUACAAACCAGUCUGGGUAAACGCUGCAGGGGGCAGGACUUUCUUCAGAAGACAACCUGACAUAGGCGACCGCAUUAUUGGAGGAGAGGCCCCUAGAAAUGCCGCAGGUGCCUAGGAUAUAUAACUAUUAAUCUUGUUGCCGCGGGCCGGCCUGGGAGCCGGGGUGCUCGGCGCUGCACAGAGCUCCCAGGAGUGCACGCAGGCGGGCCACGUGAGCAGCGGACGCUGGGAACAAGACACGCAACAGCCCUAGCGACCGCCGGCCAAUGGGGCGCAGCGUCAGAGAACCGGGACGCGGAGCGGCACGCGGGGCAGUAAGGAGCCUCUCGAUUGGUGGGUGGAGUGUGGGCGGGGCCGAGGCGCGUGAGGGGAAUUGAUUCCCGUUUCGGGUCCCAGUGUCCGGCCGGCCGAGAGCUCGCGCGAGCCCGGGGGCGGGGUCAGGCGCCAUGGACUCGCGGCUGCUGCGCGCUCCCAUCACGGCCCUGCGGUUCGUGGGGGGAGCCCGGCUGGUGGCAGGUGAAGGACCCAAUGUGGUUGUGUACAGCCUGGAUGCCGACGGCAGAGAGGCGGGGAUCCAUUGGCAGAGUGUACUUCGGAACCAUCGCAUCCAUGGGAUCAAGGAGCGGAGGAGUCCCUCCCCAGAAGCCGAGCAGAGGACUCUGGCUGUCUUUGGGGGCAAAGGUCUCAUUGUCCUGGAGCUGUGUGCGCGAGGGAAGGAAGUGAGUCUGUUUGAACUCUGCCAGCUCUGUGAGCUGCAUGACUGGAUAUGGGAUCUGCAGUGGCUGGCAGGCAACACAGGGACCCUCACUUAUGUUGGGUUGGCCCUUGGCCAUAACUCUGUGGCACUCUAUGACUAUGCCAGUCACAGGACCCUGCGGGAGUUGCACUGCGAGGAGAAGUGUAUUCUCUACUCUGCUUAUCUGGUUGGAGACAGCUGGGAUGAGCUGGUGGUAGUGGCUGGCACAGUCUUUAACCAGCUUCUGGUCUGGCGCGUGGCUGACGGGAGCGAUGAAGAAGCGAGGAUAAAACCCCAGAGGAGGGUCAGUGGACACGACGGAGUCAUCUUUAGCAUCUGCUACUUGAAGAGCAAAGGCAUAUUGGCCUCAGCCUCGGAUGACCGGAGCAUUAGGGUGUGGGAUGUUGGGGACCUGCAAGCGCCUCGUGAUCCGGUGCACUGCCUCCUGGUGUGUUAUGGCCACCAGUCAAGGGUGUGGUCUGUCAGACUGCUGAGUGACUAUCUCAUCAGCAUCGGGGAGGACUCUGCCUGCAUUGUGUGGAACUACAAGGGAGAGGUUGUUCAGAGCUUUAGAGGGCACAAAGGGCGCAGUGUCAGGGCAGUGGCUGUCCACGAGGCACGGGGCUGGGUGGCCACAGGUGGGGCUGACACUGGAGUUAGACUCUGGCACAUUAGAGGACCUGAAUCCAAUGGGAAUGGCCUUGUGCAGCUAAACUUCAGCCCGCCCCAUAGGAAUGGAUCCCCUAAAGCCGUAAAGCUGGUGGACGCAAGCCGGCUCCUUGUGAUGACUGAUGCGGGGGCCAUCUACAGCUACGACUUGGCCUCUAAACGCUGGGCUUUGGUCAUGGAGGAUGCAAACUAUCAGGCCUAUAGUCUCCUGGAAGUUGUGCAGCUAGCCAAUGGCAUCGUGCUGUGUGCCAUGGGCAAUCUGACAGGGCAUGUCAAAGUCUUCCCCCUCUGCUGCCCCACGGAAAGUGAGGAGAAGAGGCUGUAUGGGGGGAAGGUCCACAGCCUGAGCUGGGCCGUGUGCCCAGGUGGGGAUCCCAGCAGGCAUGUGCUCUUUGCCUCUGGCCCAGGGGGUGUUCUACUCUGGCUGGAGGUCUCCUGCUGCUCCUCCGGACGAGUGGCUUCAGUGGUGGAGAAAUGUUGCUAUCUCUUGCCAGUCUGCAGGCACCGGUGGCAUACAAGCAUUGCCUUCUUGCCCCAGGAGGGGCGUCUAGUCUGUGGUGACCGCAGGGGCUCCCUGAUGCUGUUUCCCUGCAGUACAGCUCUGGGAUCUGGUACAGAUACAGAACAAACGCUAAAGGCGGGACAAGGAGAUGUUGCUGAUGACCCUAUGGGUCAUGGUUUGGUCUGUAAAGAUUCGGGUGACAAGCCAGGUUUGAUUUCUUCCCAGGGGGAAGGAAACCGCCCCAUGCAAGGCCCCAUUUCCCUGCUGUUUGGGCUUCAUGGGAAGCUGGGCGUGACCUCAGUGACCUGUCAUGAUGGCUUUAUUUAUAGCACGGGCAGGGAUGGCUGCUACCACCAGCUGCGAGUGCAGGACCAGCAGCUGCAGGUGCUCAGGAAGCAGAAGCCAUGCAAAGGGCUGGAGUGGAUCGAACAGCUGCACUUCACCCCUGAUGGGAACCUGCUGGUGCUGGGCUUCCACGCCAGCCACUUUGUGCUGUGGAGUACCCGGACCAACGAGAAGCUGCACUGUGUGCCAUGCGGCGGGGGUCACCGCUCAUGGAGUUAUGGCCGCGGCCUUGCUUCCGAGGUCUUUGCUUACGUCAAGUCUGGGGACGUCUUGGUCUAUCAGAGCAGGUGCGGGCCCAGCAGGCAGCACGUGCUGAGAGAGCCUCUGCAUGGGCGGGAGUUGACAUGCGUGCGGCACGUGGGCACAAUAAGGGCCCACAGGUGCUGGCUGGUGGAUAUCCUUGUGACCAGCAGUGAGGACAUGACUUCCAACGUGAUUGCCGUCAGUGAGUCGUCCCAUUCAUUGGCUCCACUCGCAGCCAUCGGCGACCACAUCUCAAGCGUGAGAGCUCUGGCCGUGGCCAGUGGCAGUUGGCAGGAGGAGACAUCUAACUGGUCUGCUGUCCUGUUCUCUGCCGGGGCCAGGGCUCAGAUAGAGUGCUACAGGCUCCUGCUCAGCUGUGACCAUGAUGCCAGGAGUGGCAUGACCUGCCAGGUCAUCCACGUGGCCUCCCACCACCUGGACGAGCACUGGGAUCACAUGAGGAACAAGCACAGAGUCAUCAAGAUGGACCCAGAAACCAGGUACAUGUCCAUUGCAGUUGUGGCUGGUACCGAUGCUCCCUGCCUAUUCCUGGCUGCUGCUUGCAGUGAUGGAUCUGUCCGGAUCUUCCUGAUGCUAGAGUCUGCCCAGAAGCUGCUGCUUGUGGCCGAUUCCUUUCACCACCAGCGCUGUGUCCUGAAAGUGGAGACAUUUACGCAGAGGGUAGCGGGAGACAGGAGGAGACACUUCCUGUGCAGUGCAGCCACUGAUGGGAGUAUUGCAUUCUGGGAUAUAACUGCCACCAUUGAGCAUGCUGCAGCCGCCCGGGAGUUGGAGAGUGGAGAGCUGCAGCCCCUUGCUCUGGCGGCCCCGUCCCUGACUGUCCAGGCUCACAGCUGUGGCGUGAAUAGCCUCCACGUUCGGCAGACAGCGGCAGGACAGUACCUGGUGGCCAGUGGCAGUGAUGACGGCUCCAUCCACAUCUGUCUCAUUGCUGUGGAUACAGCCCUGAGUGAACCAUCCCCCUCCCUUCCUUGGGCCGUAGUGCCCCCUGGAGCCAGUGCCGGGGCUCGCAUUCUCCUGCUGGAGGCGUUCUCAAGGCCAUGUGCCCACGCGGCCCAUGUGACAGGACUCAGGGUCUUGCAGCCAGACCUGCUGGUCUCUGCCUCUGUGGACCAGCGCCUGAUGCUUUGGCGUCUGGGCAAGGACAGCCUCGUCUUCCUGGGCAGCAGGUUCUGCCACGUGGCAGAUGUGGCUGAGCUGGAUUCCUGGGGAACCAAGGAGCGGGGCUAUGGCUGUGUGCUCUGCGGGCAGGGCCUGGAGAUUGUCUGGUGCAUGGCCGGAGCAGAUACCCAGCAGCUCCCUUCCUGCGGGGCUUUGGAAUAAAGGAGAGCACAUGGCAA